AGGGCGCUGGGGCCCGGCGGGAGGAAGUGCUCGAGCUCUCGACUCUCCGCUGCGCGGCAGCUGGCGGGGGGAGCAGCCAGGUGAGCCCAAGAUGCUGCUGCGCUCGAAGCCUGCGCUGCCGCCGCCGCUGCUGCUGCUGCUCCUGGGGCCGCUGGGUUCCCUCUCCCCUGGCGCCCUGCCCCGACCUGCGCAAGCACAGGACGUCGUGGACCUGGACUUCUUCACCCAGCAGCCGCUGCACCUGGUGAGCCCCUCGUUCCUGUCCGUCACCAUCGACGCCAACCUGGCCACAGACCCGCGGUUCCUCAUCUUCCUGGGUUCUCCAAAGCUUCGUACCUUGGCCAGAGGCUUGUCUCCUGCGUACCUGAGGUUUGGUGGCACCAAGACAGACUUCCUAAUUUUCGAUCCCAAGAAGGAAUCAACCUUUGAAGAGAGAAGUUACUGGCAAUCUCAAGUCAACCAGGAUAUUUGCAAAUAUGGAUCCAUCCCUCUUGACGUGGAGGAGAAGUUACGGUUGGAAUGGCCCUACCAGGAGCAAUUGCUACUCCGAGAACACUACCAGAAAAAGUUCAAGAACAGCACCUACUCAAGAAGCUCUGUAGAUGUGCUAUACACUUUUGCAAAUUGCUCAGGACUGGACUUGAUCUUUGGCCUAAAUGCGUUAUUAAGAACAGCAGAUUUGCAGUGGAACAGUUCUAAUGCUCAGUUGCUCCUGGACUACUGCUCUUCCAAGAGGUAUAACAUUUCUUGGGAACUAGGCAAUGAACCUAACAGCUUCCUUAAGAAGGCUGAUAUUUUCAUCAAUGGGUCGCAGUUAGGAGAAGAUUUUAUUCAAUUGCAUAAACUUCUAAGAAAGUCCACCUUCAAAAAUGCAAAACUCUAUGGUCCUGAUGUUGGUCAGCCUCGAAGAAAGACGGCUAAGAUGCUGAAGAGCUUCCUGAAGGCUGGUGGAGGAGUGAUUGAUUCAGUUACAUGGCAUCACUACUAUUUGAAUGGACGAACUGCUACCAAAGAAGAUUUUCUAAACCCUGGUGUAUUGGACAUUUUUAUUUCAUCUGUGCAAAAAGUUUUCCAGGUGGUUGAGAGCACCAGGCCUGGCAAGAAGGUCUGGUUAGGAGAAACAAGCUCUGCAUAUGGAGGCGGAGCACCCUUGCUAUCCGACACCUUUGCAGCUGGCUUUAUGUGGCUGGAUAAAUUGGGCCUGUCAGCCCGAAUGGGAAUAGAAGUGGUGAUGAGGCAAGUAUUCUUUGGAGCAGGAAACUACCAUUUAGUGGAUGAAAACUUCGAUCCUUUACCCGAUUAUUGGCUAUCUCUUCUGUUCAAGAAAUUGGUGGGCACCAAGGUGUUAAUGGCAAGUGUGAAAGGUUCAAAGAGAAGGAAACUUCGAGUAUACCUUCAUUGCACAAACACUGACAAUCCAAGGUAUAAAGAAGGAGAUUUAACUCUGUAUGCCAUAAACCUCCAUAAUGUCACCAAGUACUUGCGGUUACCCUAUCCUUUUUUUAACAAGCAAGUGGAUAAAUACCUUCUAAGACCUUUGGGACCUCAUGGAUUACUUUCCAAAAUCUUGCUCUACCGCCGAGGCUGGAGUGCAGUGGUGCAAUCUCAGCUCACUGCAACCUCCACCUCCCAGCUUCAAACGAUUCUCAUGUCUCAGCCUCCUGAGUAGCUGGGACUACAGGCACACAUCACCAUGCCCUGCUAAUUUUUGUAUUUUUGGGUAGAGAUGGAGUUUUGCCAUGUUGGCCAGGCUGAUCUUGAACUCCUGGCCUCAAGUAAUCUGCCUGCCUCAGCCUCCCAAAGUGCUGGGAUUACAGGUGUGAACCACUGUGCUCGGCCUAAUUUACAAGUUUUCAAUAUUUGAAGAGUGCUAACUUUGUUCACAAUAUAAAACAUAUUUGAGAAAAAGAGAUAUAAGCAUCUUAUUUAGAAUUAUGAAAAUAUCAAUAGACCUACAGCUGACUAAAGCUUUUCUUCAUAAGCUCUUGCCUAUAUUGAUUUGUUCCUGUGAAUAUGCAUUAAUUUGAUUUAAAUAAUAAGUAUGUAUAAGAAAUAACACUUUUCCUUAAUUUUUAAAAACGUUCAACUGUUUUUAAUUUGAAUUCCAAUAGUUAAAUACAUAGAAAAUAUAAAAUUUUCUGUAGUUUUAGCCAAUUGUUUUUGUUUCAUCACAGCAUUCUACCAAAAUUUCUUAAUAAUAGUAAGAAAAUGAUUGCAUACCUCCUGCAGGGAGAUGGGAGUUAGACAGUUUAUGGGCAUAGUUACAAGUGAGAAAUUUCAUUGGCUACCAUUUAUGCUAAAUUCAUAAAAACUGCAUUCAAUUCUAUAUAUCUAUUUGCUUUAUAUAAAAAAGGUUUCAGUUAUUGGCCAUUAAAUAAAAUAGCCACCAUUCCA